AAGCACUCGAUCCGAGGCGUGUGAGUUGAUUCAGCAGCCUUGUUCAAUUGCCAUCGCGAUGGGCUCACGACCGCACCCACGCUGCGCUGCCUUUGAUGGCGCGCACGAUAGGCUCAAGGUACCGUUUCUCGUCUGCAGCACCAGCGAGCACACCGAGCCCAUACGCUCAAUGACACACCCUUCCAUCGCAAGCCCAAACACCAUUCCUCAUAUACCUUCGGAUUGGAAAGCCUAUACCAGUGGCGUCCGUGAUAUCAACAAGCGACUCAUCACGAAAGCCACGUUGGAAGUCAUUCUGCUCAUGCCCCCGCCUGUGUACGUGACGCCUUGCACGCAAGUGCCAUUCUUCCUGCACUUUAAGAUGCACGCCAAGAACGAGUCCGACUUUGACCCAGUCAAGACGCGAAUGCCUCUCAUACCCGGACAGCUUAGGCCUCCCAAAGAAGCCGAGCUGGAUGGCCCUGUGCGCUUCACCAUGCAGCGUCAUGUCCGCAUGAAGACGAAUGCGCUUUUGGGAUCAUACACUCACACCACCGAAGAGGAGACUCACAUUCCGGCGCGCUGGAUGGGAACUCGCGGGAAUGAAGACAUUCCUGGUUUCCAUUGGUCUCAACCCAAACGGAUAGAUGCCCCGAAAUACUUUUGGAAGAGCGAAGCCCUGAUUGGGGGCUAUCUGUUACCUCAAGUCAUCCCGGCCAUGUCGAGCAAUCAUCUCUCCUACAGCUACGCGCUUCGCUUGCGGGUGCCCAUCGCCGGAACUGGCAACGGUUGGGACAGGACGGUGUGCGGCUGGGGUGCAGUCGGUCUUCGCAAUUCAGACAUCGACGCUCUAGGGUCUCAUGCCUCUCAGGCAGUCUUGGGCGAGCGGGCUGCCGCGAAGCUUCCUGGUUUCGAGCUGCCGCACGAAGGGGGCUCUGGCCCGCCGUUCGAUGGUCCACCCGGCUUUCCGAUGGUCAAUGACUUGCCUUUGCCAGACGAAGCCAGUGGGUUACCGGCGUAUCAUCGGGUGCCCCAAGCGGGCGAGCAGACGGCCAUAGCACCCGCGAGGCGGUCAAAUGCAACGAGCAAUGUGGCCACUGGAUCAAUGCCAGUCGCAACCCCAGCAGCAGUACCGACUGCAUCUGAUGGCUACAACAAGCAGCCUUGGUAGGCCUCUAGGUCGAUCCGAAUCCCGCAGGCGCCCAGCUCAGACUCUGUCAACGUAGGGCGCUAGCUCCGUGCCCAAGAAGCUUGACGCAUUGACCCCUUUUUUCGCAAGACUGAAUGAAAAGCGUAUUAGCAAGCAGCUCUAUGGCGAUCACGGCAACGUGAAGCCAUACAAGUUUGACACGGCGGAGAAGGUCCGUUGCAGAACACCGCGUAUGCGAACAGCCCGACACGGAGGGUGCAAGCGGUCCAACUCAAAUCCACCGGUAAUUCUUGCAAGCGCUCCAUUCAAUUGUAUAUGACUCGUUGUCACAACAAGUUUUUGCUCGCACCAGAUACCACAAUCUAUGCCGAUUGCU